CAUCAUUAUAAGCCGUGAACGGUGGAAUAUUGCAACGCAAACAUUAUUCAAUAUAUACGUGUUGUUAUUGCAUGUACGCGUGUAGCGUUGAGGUGACGUGAGGUAUUGGUGCAUGCUUGUUAUAAAGAUCGCUUGCUGUUAACGAAGGAGGCAACAUGGAGAUCACAUUUGAAGGCAAAAGAGCUCUGGUGACAGGGGCCGGGAAAGGUAUCGGAAGAGCGAUUGCCAUAGCUCUGGCAAAAGGGGGCGCUGUGGUGUACGCACUCAGUAGAACGCAGGCUGAUUUGGACAGUAUAAAAAAAGAGAGCUCAAAUAUCAAGACCAUCUUUGUUGAUGUGGGGGACUGGGCUAAAUGCAGAGAGGCCGUGGAAAAAUGUGGUCCUGUUGAGCUUCUCGUGAAUAAUGCAGGCAUUGGAAGUAAUCAAUCUUUUUUGGAGAUUACUGAAGGUGAAUGGGAUAGUGUAUUGAAUAUCAACCUGAAAGCAUCAGUGAACAUAUCUCAGGUAGUUGCCAAGGGAAUGGUUGCUAGGAAACAAGGUGGUGCCAUUGUAAAUAUUUCAAGCCAAGCAUCUAUGAUUGCGUUACCAAAGCACACAAGCUAUGCGGCAAGCAAGGCAGGAUUGGAUCAAGUCACACGAAUGAUGGCAUUAGAACUGGGACCACAUAAUAUUCGUACAAAUUGCGUCAAUCCUGGUAUUGUGAUGACUGAUAUGGGACGAGAACAUUGGGGAGGGGAGGAAGGUAAACCUAUGAAAGAGCGCACCCCAUUGAAGAGAUUUGCAGAGAUAUCAGAUGUUGUAAACACUGUGCUGUAUCUGCUCAGCGAUCAAGCUGCUAUGCUCAAUGGAGUCCUGCUGCCGAUUGAAGGGGGACUUUUAGUCACAUAGACACAGAAAUCCCAAAAAAACAUCCAUCCUGUUUUGAUUCCAAAAUUUAAAAAAAAGACAGAUGGAGAGGAUGUUGGUAAAGGUUUUAUUGGACAGUUGAAUUAUUUUAAUUACUUGUAUACAGACAUUGGUUAACUAUAUUGUGCAAAUGAUUUAAAGUGAUUCAACCAACAAAUAAAAAAUAAAAAUGACACGAUUCUUGAUUGGCAAGGACUAAUAUGAAUUAAAUUUUAAAUUGUAGUAUAAAAAAUUAGAAUCUGGAAAAACUACUUGGAUGUAUCAAAGUCCUUUUAUGGAUCGAGUCAUGAAGUUUUUAUUUUGGAGCAUUUUAGGAUUGGAAUUGUAAAAAGUGGUUGAGCCACGUGACUUUAAGUGUGUGGCAAUUUGCACGAUUUUGAGUGAAUUAUGAAUUAUAUAAUUUAUAUUUUCUAUAUACUCCAAAUUUUUACAUGAACUAUAAAAAUGAGCUUAUAAAUUCAAUUAAAUUGAAUUGUUUUGCAAUUCAUAAUUAUGAAUAAUAAUCUACCUCUUAAAGGAAUAGACAUUUAAAAGGAGGAUAAUUACAAAUGAAAGGAGGAUAAUUACAAAUAAAAGGAGGAUAAUUCCUAAUAAAAGGAGGAUAAUUCCUAAUAAAAGGAGGAUAAUUCCUGAUAAAAGGAGGAUAAUUCUUAA